AUGCCAGUAUACAUGCUCCACGGCUUCCGCUGGCCACGCGCAGGCUUCACCGGAAUAAGAGUCUACAUCGUCCUCCACAACCUAGAAGAAGCAGCCGCAGAAUACAUCCAACAACCCCUAACAACAUCGUUGAUCGUGGACUCCUUCAACAAAACAAACCCGGACCUCCUACCCCGCCUGCCGGAGCUGCAAUUCAUCGAGCAGUACGAUCCAGCCGAUGAGACGAGCGGCACGGUCAGUCAGGAUUAUGCGUAUGUCGGUGCGCGCGUGUUGACAAUCCCAGACGGCGGGGAUGGGGCUACUUCGACUGGCGGGCAGAAUAUUGAGGAUGUUGUUGAGCAGGGUUCUGGUCUUACGGAGGAUCAGACUACUGCGUUGGAGACGUUGAGGGAUCGGCUUGCGCCUGGUGAGAAGAUUGGAUGGUAUUUGGUUUAUAACGGGGAUCCUGAACGGUGGUUUCCUGAGUCUGAGAGUGAGGAUGGGGAUUAUGAUGAGGAGGGGGAGGAGGAUGAAGAAGAAGAAGAAGCAGAUGGGCAUGGGAAUGGAAAUGGGCAUGGGGAGAGUUCUACUGAGCCUUCAAGUCCGCAGAGUGUUACGGCUCGAUUGACGAGAUUCUUCAACCGGAUGAGCUCUGGGUAA